AUGGUAAUCUGUGAGAUACAGUUUAAUAACAAUACCCAGGGUAUUUACUAUGCCGGGCAGGUGAUCUCUGGCCAAGUGGUGAUCCAAACGGACAAGGUGAAACAGGUAAAAGCUGUGGUUCUUACAAUCAAAGGGUAUGCUGAAACACAUUGGACAGAUCCAGAGUACGAUUCGGCAGACCAAUCGAGUGGCUCGUCGUUCAAUGGACAUGUGGAUUAUCUAGCCACAAAGGCGUAUCUCCAUGGAUCGUCUUCAAGUGUUGAAGUGCAAAUUGAUCCUGGAACUAGUACAUACCGAUUUGCCUGCCAAAUACCCUUGACAUGUCCCUCAUCUUUCGAGGGCACUUAUGGUCGUGUGCGUUACAUUGUAAAUGUUAUGUUUCUACGUCCCUGGAAGUUUGAUCAGAACUUUAAUCGUUGUUUCACUGUGCUCAAAGUGAUGGACUUGAAUACGGAGAGCCUGAUGUUGAGGGUUCCCACUCAAGUCGAGUCCCAGAGGACGUACUGCUGUAUUCCCUGCACCUCGAAGCCACUGAGUCUUCGCCUCUCCUUGCCCCAAGGUGGCUUUGUGCCAGGACAAACUAUACCCAUGGGUGUCCUCGUCUCCAAUGACAGUCACAUACAGAUUGAGGAUAUCACCGUUCGAUUGGCCAUGGUGGUGAUCUACUACAGUCGGCCCCCGUGUGCGGACACCAACAAGGAUCGCUUUGUGGUAGCUGAGAAAACGGGGGAGGGUGUCUCGAAAAAUAGUCGAAAACAAUUCACGUUUGAUCUGCAAGUCCCAGCCACACCGCCGACCUGCUUCAACCUUUGCAGCAUCAUUCAGAUCGGUUAUCAGGUGGAGGCUGAGGUUAAGGUCAAGGGCUGUCAUUCGGGCCAAAGUGUUCAUAUGCCAGUGACCAUAGGCAGCGUACCGCUGACCAAACAGCUGCAGAAGCAGCCCAGAACCUGGGAGGGAGAUACAUUGCCACCAGAAGUGGAUGCCAAGGCUCUCAUAUUGUUGCAGGAAGAAGCAGUUGAAGCCGCAGCUUGUCCACCCAGUCCCUGGGCAGCUGAUCCUUCCAUAACUCCGCCAAACUUCAAAGAGGCCAAACACAUACGACCAGAUCGACAAAGGUCUUCCAAGUCAAAGAAAAAAUCCCAGAAGAAGGAACACUCUGAGGAAAUUGUGUACACGCCUUUGUAUGCCGUAUUUGAACUGAACAGUGAAAUGGAAAAUGCAAUUGAGAGACCAAAAGGCUUUCAGACUGAAGGAGGAUUUGUCAACGAGGAUAUCGAUAGGAGCACUUGGUUGUAAGGAAUAUUUGUGUAAUAAAAUAAA